AUGGAGCUACUCCAUAGAUCCCUAAUAUCCUCCUGGAAAACUACCCCAAUCCCCAACCUCACUCUCUCCGCGAGUGGCCUCCUCGCCCUCGCCGACCUCCGCAGCGUCGCCCACAGGACCGCCAUAACCGGCGGCUCAUCCUGGCUCGACUCUCUCGUCCUCGCCCCGGGGCUGCACUACCAGCAAGCUUGCGAAUACCUCGACCGCGAAGCCCCCAUUGGGCUGAUCGCGCUGCCCACAGCGCCAGCAGUACCAGGCGUAGCUGGGGCCCCGGAGGUACGAUAUGGCAUCAAGAACGUCGUCACGGUGAAUUAUCUCCUAAGUCUGUGUCGCGAAGACAAGAAAGGGAUCGUGACACUCGACGUGGGAUCUGUGCCGGGAUGGGACGUGGCGAAGCGGCUGCGCCGAGUGCUUAGACGGAAACGAAAGAUUGCGGACGAGGAAGACGAGGAGUCUCAUGACUUCUCGCCCCCAGAUAUGGACUGGUUAAGCCAUUUCAUGUACCUCACCACCCCGGUUCUCACAGUCGUCUCUACAACCUUUAUGAUACUCUUCGAAGACUGGUGGGGGCUCUCGAUCAUCCUCGCCCUCAUCCUCUCCCGCGUCCUCAACAUCCGGGCCAUCAAGAACCGGACCGAACCACCCUCUACCAGUCCCACCACGGUACCGCCUGACCAUCACAUCACAGAAUAUAGGAUCGACCUCGGCGGCGGCAACAUCGUUCGCCUGCGCGGCCUGGACGCAGACCUCCAGGCCCUCACCACGCAGGCCUGGCUGCGCGCGCAGUCGCACCUGGACGGGUACUGUGAAGCUGCCGCCAAGCUGAUCGUGUACAUCGUCGCCGCGCUGAGCGGCAACAUGACGCAGGCCGGCGCCAUUGUGCUCGUGGGGUUACUGGUGUUGAGCGCUGCGCUGCUAGGGCUGAGCAAUGCUCAUGCCCGGGGGUUUCGCGUUCACGGGCGGUAUGCGCUGCCGGAGAUAGACAACGGAGCCGGAGAUGCAAGCGUCGGAACGAGCACGGCGGUGCAGAAUGUGGAUGGACAAGGAGUCCGAAAUCGACCAACGACAGCACCAUUCCCACGUCUUGAAAGCAAGACUGCCAGUAGAGAAUGA